GCGUUCAGUCUCGCGAGAGCUCUUGGCUCUGUGUGGCGGGACGGGCGGCGGCUCUCGCGAGAGCUGCGGCCCCGGACCCAACAUGGCGGAAGAGGAGGUGGCCAAGCUGGAAAAGCACCUGAUGCUUCUCCGCCAGGAGUAUGUAAAGCUGCAGAAGAAGCUAGUUGAUACAGAAAGGAAAUGCAAUCUCCUGGCUGCUGAGGCUAACCAAGACAAUGCCAGUGACACCUUCAUCAGUCGACUUCUUGCCAUUGUAGCUGAACUCUAUCAGCAGGAGCAGUACAGUGAUCUGAAGAUAAAGGUUGGGGACAAGCACAUCAGCGCUCACAAAUUUGUCUUGGCAGCACGCAGUGACACGUGGAGUCUUGCCAACCUUGCCUCAACAGAGGAGCUGGAUCUGUCAGCAGAUGCUGACCCAGAGGUAACCAUGGCAAUGCUGCGGUGGAUCUACACAGAUGAGCUGGAGCUAAGAGAAGAUGAUAUCUUCUUGACAGAGCUUAUGAAACUAGCAAAUAAAUUUCAGCUCCAGCUGCUUAGGGAAAGAUGUGAAAAAGGAGUUAUGUCACUUGUUAAUGUCAGGAACUGCAUUCGUUUCUAUCAGACUGCUGAGGAGCUAAAUGCUGGCACUCUGCUCAACUAUUGUGCUGAGAUAAUUGCCAGUCACUGGGAUGAUUUACGUAAGGAAGACUUCAGCAGCAUGAGUGCUCAAUUAUUGUAUAAAAUGUUCAAGUCCAAGACAGAAUAUCCUUUGCAUAAGGCUAUUAAAGUUGAGAGAGAAGAUGUAGUCUUUUUGUAUCUUAUUGAAAUGGAUUCACAGCUUCCUGGGAAGCUCAAUGAAUUGGAUCACAAUGGAGAUCUUGCUUUGGAUCUGGCCCUUGCCCAGAGAUUGGAGAGUAUUGCAACUACACUGGUCAACUACAAGGCUGAUGUAGAUAGGGCAGACAAGAGUGGCUGGAGUCUAUUACAUAAAGCCAUCCAAAGAGGCGAUAAAUUUGCUGCAAACUUUCUCAUUAAAAAUGGUGCCCGUGUGAAUGCUGCUACACUGGGAGACCAGGAUACUCCUCUGCACCUUGUGGCCUCGUACAGCCCCAAGAAGCAUUUGCCAGAUGUCAUGGCAGAGAUGGCACAGAUAGCAGAGUCCCUCCUACAGGCAGGAGCCAAUCCAAAUAUGCAAGACAGCAAAGGAAGGACCCCACUACAUGUGUCAAUUGUGGUCAGGAAUGAACCUGUAUUCAGUCAGCUUCUCCAGUGCAAGCAACUAGACUUGGAGCUGAAGGAUCAUGAAGGAAGCACAGCUCUGUGGCUUGCAGUUCAGUAUAUCACUGUAUCGUCUGAUCAGUCUGUAAACCCUUUUGAGGAUGCCCCUGUUGUAAAUGGAACCUCAUUUGAUGAGAACAGUUUUGCAGCAAGGUUGAUCCAGCGAGGCAGCAAUACAGACGCUCCAGACACAGUAACAGGAAACUGCUUGCUUCAGAGGGCAGCUGGUGCUGGCAACGAGGCAGCUUCUCUCUUCCUCGCCACGCAUGGAGCAAAAGUCAAUCACCAAAACAAACGGGGAGAAACACCACUGCAUACAGCCUGUAGGUAUGGCCUAGCAAACUUGACAGCAGAACUUCUGCAACAAGGAGCCAAUCCAAACAUUCAGACAACAGAAGCAGUGCUUGGUCAGAAGGAUGCCUCUUCUCCAACAGCAGAGAAUGUUUAUCUGCAAACUCCCCUUCACAUGGCUAUUGCUUACAAUCACCCAGAUGUGGUGUCUGUCAUCCUGGAACAAAAAGCUAAUGCUCUUCAUGCUACCAACAACUUGCAAAUUAUUCCUGACUUUAGUUUAAAGGACUCGAGAGACCAGACUGUGCUGGGGUUGGCUCUUUGGACAGGCAUGCACACAAUAGCAGCCCAGCUGCUUGGAUCUGGGGCAUCCAUUAAUGACACAAUGUCAGAUGGACAGACUCUACUACAUAUGGCAAUACAGAGACAAGACAGCAAGAGUGCACUCUUUCUGCUGGAGCAUCAGGCAGAUAUAAAUGUCAGAACACAGGAUGGAGAGACUGCCUUGCAGCUAGCUAUAAAAAACCAGCUCCCUCUUGUGGUUGAUGCUAUUUGUACCCGAGGAGCAGACAUGUCUGUGCCAGACGAGAAAGGAAAUCCUCCUUUAUGGCUUGCCUUAGAGAAUAACCUGGAAGAUAUUGCAUCAACUCUGGUUAGGCAUGGCUGUGAUUCAACCUGUUGGGGGUCAGGACCAAGUGGCUGCUUACAAACUCUUCUUCAUAGAGCUAUUGAUGAAAACAGUGAACAGAUAGCAUGCUUUCUUAUUCGCAGUGGUUGUGAUGUGAAUAGUCCCAGAAAGCCAGGCCCUAAUGGAGAAGGAGAAGAGGAAGCUCAUGAUGGACAGACGCCCUUACACUUGGCAGCCUGCUGGGGACUUGAAGAAGUGAUACAGUGCCUUUUGGAGUUUGGUGCCAAUGUCAAUGCUCAGGAUGCAGAAGGAAGAACUCCAAUCCAUGUUGCCAUUAGCAACCAGCACAAUGUUAUCAUUCAGCUUAUGAUUUCCCAUCCAGAUAUUAAGCUAAAUGUCCGUGACAGGCAAGGAAUGACCCCCUUUGCUUGUGCUAUGACAUAUAAAAACAACAAAGCAGCUGAAGCAAUUUUGAAGAGGGAGCCAGGAGCUGCUGAACAGGUUGAUAACAAAGGUCGGAAUUUCCUACAUGUAGCUGUUCAGAACUCGGACAUUGAGAGUGUGCUGUUCCUCAUAAGUGUACAGGCUAAUGUAAACUCUCGGGUCCAGGAUGCCUCCAAACUAACACCUCUCCACCUGGCUGUACAAGCUGGCUCAGAGAUCAUUGUGCGGAAUCUGCUGCUUGCAGGUGCCCAGGUGAAUGAACUGACUAAGCACCGGCAGACUGCUCUUCACUUAGCAGCACAGCAGGAUUUGCCCACAAUUUGUUCAGUCCUUCUGGAGAAUGGAGUAGACUUUGCAGCUGUAGACGAAAAUGGAAAUAAUGCUCUUCAUCUGGCAGUGAUGCAUGGCCGACUAAACAAUAUCCGUGUCCUGCUCACAGAGUGCAAUGUAGAUGCAGAAGCCUUUAAUAUCAGAGGCCAGUCGCCAAUGCAUAUUCUGGGACAAUAUGGGAAAGAUAAUGCAGCAGCCAUUUGUGACCUUUUCUUGGAAUGCAUGCCAGAAUACCCUCUGGACAAACCUGAUGCUGAAGGAAACACAGUGCUCCUGUUGGCUUACAUGAAGGGAAAUGCUAACUUGUGUCGUGCAAUAGUGAGAGCUGGGGCUCGUCUUGGAGUUAAUAAUAAUCAAGGAGUCAAUAUCUUCAACUAUCAAGUUGCUACAAAACAGCUUCUCUUCAGAUUGCUGGAUAUGCUGACAAAAGAACCUCCCUGGUGUGAUGGCUCCAACUGCUACGAAUGCACUGCCAAAUUUGGAGUCACAACAAGAAAGCAUCACUGCCGACACUGUGGACGCCUGCUCUGCCAUAAGUGCUCAACAAAGGAGAUUCCUAUCAUAAAAUUUGAUCUGAACAAGCCAGUUCGAGUUUGCAACAUCUGCUUUGAUGUCCUCACUCUGGGAGGAGUCUCCUAGUAUGCUGUGGAAGUAAAGGGAUUCCCAGUCAGUGCUCCUGACAGCAGCUCUGCUUACAAGCCCUCUGGAUAGGGAAGAGGAGGCCUAUACAUGUCUUCUGCACUAGACUGAACUAAUUAAGGACCCUGAUACGAUAUAUUCUGGUAUAAAUGACUGUAUGACUGUAAAUGUAUUGGGCUGUGAUAGACUUCACUAGGAAUUCGAGUGGAACGUUGAAAUUAAGUGACAAAAGAAGUUAGACCCUCUUCUAGUUGCAGUGGGGUAUGGAAGCUCACAUUGCUAGGCUGAUGUUUGAAUUGACAUAAAACAGGUCUGUCCUUGACAUGGUGCUUUGCACUGAGCAACUCUACUAAGUCCUGUGGCUUUUGGGCUGCCUAGUAGAGGUUGGCAUUACGUUUCAGGGUAACCAGGUAUCUUUCUUUGCUUUGUCUUAAAGAUAAAUGUUCCCUUUCUCUAGAGAAGACUUCCUGUGAAGCUAGACUGAGCUGUUGCAACUGCUGUUCAUUUCGAGAAACUCUUCAAAAAUGGAGUAGUUCCAAGUAUAGCUCAAGAAUUGUGGCCUUACAACAGAAAGCUUUACAACAUCUGAUGCAAAGCAGUCAGAAUUGCAGAUCCACAGCUUGAUACCUCCUCAGUAAAUGUCUCAUUAGCUUUAGCAUGUUCAAGAGAAGUGCAGCAUUGUUUUAGCCAGCGAAUCCUCUUGCUCAUACCUGCCAGAACUGUUCAAGUCUUUGUUGCACUUUCAUAUUUACGUUGCUAGUCCUUCCAGUUUGUGAAACUUGUAUAAAUGCGCAUAAGUGUGCUGCAGGGCCUAACUAAGCAUAUGCUAAAUGGAGAAACACUAAAACUGGUUCAGUAGUGGAACUCUCAGUACAGCAAUAAAUGCUGAAGUGCAUUAUGAA